AUGGCCAUCGUCACCAUAAUCCUCCUCAUCCUCGCCCUCUUCACCCUCCGCCCCCUUUUCAAUCUCCUCCACAACAUCCGUCUCGCCCGCUCCACCAAACUCCCCUACUACAUCUUCCCGGUCUCCGAAGUCAACAUCCUCUGGCUGGGUAUUCUCGAAACCCGGACCUUCCAAAACCUCGUGAAGAACUGGUUCCCAACAAACUUGGCAGAUUAUGUCUACGAUAGCGGGUUCAAGUUCCGGUGGACGGUCAAGGAUCGAUUGAAGAGGAAAUAUGGGGGUGUUUAUUUGAUUGUUACGCCGGGGGUGGUGAGUUGUCAAGUUGGGGAUGCAGGUGUUAUUGCGCAGGUCUGUAGACAGAGGCGGAGGUUUCCGAAGCCAAGUCACCAGUAUGAGGGGAUGGAGAUAUAUGGCUCAAAUGUUCUUACUAGCGAAGAGAAAGAAUGGAUCCGCCAUCGUCGCUACACGCAAUCAUCUUUCAACGAAAAAAACAACGCGCUAGUCUGGCAAGAAAGCAUCCGCCAGGCUAUCGAAAUGACAGCUCACUGGGUAGACCAACACCCCAGCACCAAGGAUUCCAAGUCCGAUCUCAUCAUCGUCGGUCUUCAAGACGACAUCACAAAAUUAACCCUGAAUAUCUUCUGUGGUGCGGGCUUUGGCGUACACCUCCCUUUCAAACCUUCUCUAGAAAACACUACAGAAAGGUCGAAUGCGCAUAACCAAUUCAGAGAUUUGGCAUCACCACCACCAGGAUAUGACUUCACAUUCCGCUCUGUUGCGGAGUAUAUAGGCCCUAAUCUGACCUCCAUCUUCCUGGCAGUUGGCAUCCUUCCCAAAUGGCUAUUCUGCACCCUACCACCAUUCUUCAAAAUGCCCCUAAAAGCAUACCAUAACCUAGGCAAAUACCUCCAUGCACUCAUUACCAUGUCCCAGGAAGAAGAAAGCGACGCGCACAACCUCCUUGCCGGAUUAGUUCGUGCGCGACGAGAAGAACAAGGGGACGAAGGCACAGAGUCGAAAUAUGGUGCUGGUCUCUCGGAUCAGGAGAUACUGGGAAAUUUGUUCAUGUUUACGAUUGCAGGGCACGAGACAUCUUCUACGAGUUUGCGGUUUGCGUUUGUGCUGCUUGCGAUGCAUCAGGAUAUCCAGGAUUGGUUGUAUGAGGGCAUCAAAGAGGCUGUUCGUGACGAACCUGAAGAUUCAGCGAAAUGGGACUACGCUCGGGUAUUUCCUAAGCUAAUUGCUCCGCUUUGCGUUAUGCUCGAAACCCUCCGCCUCUACCCCCCAGUAGUAACCCUCCCAAAAUGGACCUCCCACACCCCCGCCCCCAUUACCUACGCCUCAACCACCUACACCCUCCCGCCCAACGUCCCCAUCUCUCUCAACGCAAAUGCCCUGCACUACUCCCCCGAGUACUGGGGUCCGGACGUAACCACUUUCUUCCCGGCCCGCUGGGACAAACGCAACACAACCAGCUUCCUCGCAAAAAACGACGGCAUCGAGGGCUUAUCCGUCGCAGGAUUAGAUGUUGAAACUGUGCACAAGCCCAUCCGCGGUGCAUUCAUUCCCUUCAGUGACGGGAGUAGAGCAUGUAUGGGGAAGAAGUUUGCGGAGGUAGAGUUUGUGGCUGCGCUGAGUGUUGUUCUUUGGCGGUGGAGGGUUAGGCUUGUUGGAGGUAAGGGAGCGAGGGAGAGGGCUGAGAAAGCAUUGGAGGAGAGUUCGGCGUUUUUGACUCUGGGGAUGAGGGAUGAUGUGCCAUUGAAGUUUGAAAGGCGUUGAUUAGUUAAGGUGAUUUCUAGAUUCUGGGUGUUAGGUAUUGAUAUUCUUGUAAUAGAUCUAUAUACU